UGCAGACAUCAGAGAUGAUCAAAUUCGCGGUGCAGCGGCCCCCGCAGCGCCAGGCGCAGAUCAUGAAAAUGGUGCAGAAUCUGGAAUGGGACAAGGAUCGAUAUCUCUCCCACUUCGGCAUCAAGAUCAAUCCGACCAUGACCAAGAUUCCCGCAAAACUCCUUCCCAAUCCGGUCAUUCAAUAUGGCAACAAGCCUGUCGACCCUAAGAUGACAGGUCGCUGGGACCUUCGCGGCAUAAGGUUUGCUGUUCCCAACCCACAGCCGCUUGUCUCCUGGGCAUUGGUCAUCAUCGACAACUGUGUCGACAAGCCGUGUGCCGAAAAUUUUGCCAAAACUUUCAGGAACGUCUACGCCAGCCAUGGAGGUAGGAUUGCGAACGAUCCGAUCAUCCUGGCGCCCCCCAGGGGUACACCGCUCGAGGGCGUUGUUGGGGCUGCCUACGAGAAGUGCGGCACCAACUUCAAGGCUGAUCCCCAACUCAUGUUCUACAUUUUGAGAGACAAAGCGGCAAUCAUAUAUGACCGACUCAAGGCGGCGAACGACUGCCAAGUGGCAUGCCUGUCACAGAUGGUACAGGCUCAGCACGUCCGAAAGGCGGCCCCCCAGUACUGUUCGAACGUCUGCAUGAAGGUGAACGCAAAGCUGGGCGGACAGACCUCUAGGCUCGCCGUCAAAGCCAAUCAGAAACCCUUGAUCAACAUUCCGACCAUGAUGAUUGGUGUGGAUAUCUCUCACGGCAGCACGGCCGCUGGGAAUGUCUCUACGGCCGCCAUGUGCGUGUCGAUGGAUCGAGACAUCGCAAUCUAUGAUGCUGCUGUGCAGACCAACGGCCGGGGUGUCGAGAUCCUGCAGCCCCACAACAUGCACUCGAUGCUCGGCCCGCUGGUUACCAAAUGGCGGAAGAAGUUCAACACGGCUCCGCAGCACGUCUUUUACCUACGUGACGGCGUCUCAGAGGGACAGUUUGCCCACGUCAUGGAAUUUGAGAUUGAGGAGCUGAAGAAGGUUUUCAAGGAGUCCAUUGGCGUCAUUCCCAAGGUUACCGUCAUUAUCGCGACCAAGCGCCACCAUAUUCGCUUCUUUCCGGAGCGGGGCGACAAGAACGGCAACUGCUUGCCUGGUACGCUUGUGGAGCGGGAAGUCACUCACCCGUUUCAUUACGACUUCUACCUGUGCUCCCAUGUGGCCAUCCAGGGAACCGCCCGCCCGGUGCACUACAACGUGAUUCACGACGAGUGCGGCUUGAAGCCUGAUGACCUGCAGCGCAUCUUGUACCAUCAGUGCUACCAGUAUUGCCGCUCCACCACGCCGGUCUCUAUACAUCCUGCGGUCUACUACGCACACUUGGCUGGGACUCGGGCUCGCCAUCAUGAGAACAAGUCGGCCAAUGCUGAGCCGAUGGUGGUGGAUAGCAGGCAUUUGGUAUUGACCCGCCCAGGCCCAAUGUCAAAGAGCGAUAGCAGGACGGUUACCUCGCGCUCCGAGGAUGAUGUGGUUCCUCCCCCACUUCUGAAGGUUGGAUGCGGCUCGAAAGCCCGUCCUUCUGCCAUCAGGACUUUUGAAAACACCAUGUGGUGGGUCUGAGGAGCCCCUACGGAGUCUAUGCAGCAAGGGUUGGCGUGCUCAUGCGAAGGAUUUGAGGGAUUGAGGAGGACGACUGAUGAUAACACGGUCUCUUGGCAGGCUGCGGAUGGAUGUUGUUUUGUUCUGCAGUGAUGUAUUCUAAGCUUGGCGGUGCCAGUUUCGAGGGCCCGAAGGCAGCGUGGCAAUGCCCAGCGCCAUCCUGAGGGCCCGAAGAUGCUAAGCACAUGAGUCCAGAGCGCAAAACAGAUAGCAAACCCUCGUUGAUUUACCAUGACUCGUUCUCCCAAUAGCACAAAUCUAAGCUGCCAUGUGAAUCUGGA